UUUUUAACCUGUGCUCAGAAAUGUCACAUUUUAUUGUAAAGGCAUGUUUACAUUAUCAUCUAAAAUUGAUCGAAAUGUAAAACGAUUGGUUUUAAUAUACUGAUUUGUGUUAUUAUUUGUUACUUAAUUAUGUUUGUAAGCAGUAAAGAUAAAGAAAUUAUAUACUACACAGUUGUUUCAAUGAACAAAAUGUGAUAAAACAGGUCGUGAUUAACCAGCCCUAUGCUAUGGCAAAAAAUUUAUAAAAAAUUCAUCGAUGUGCAUACCUGCUUACAUCGACUUCAACAAAAACAAUAAUGAUUUCGCUUCAGUAGUCCAGUAAUAAAAUAAAGUGCACUCCUGUGAUAAAUUAAAAAUAAUGUCGAACAGACCACAUUCUAAAUCACGUAUUAAAGUAUGUAAUAAAUCUGUGUUUCAUCUUCAAGAUAAAAAGGCAGACGAAAAUGAAUUAUCAAUUGGUUUGAUUAAAUCUGCGAAGAGAACAGGACAACUGAGUUUAUGCAAUAGGGGACUGGGGACAGUACCGGAUAAUGUUUGGAAAAUUGAUGAAUUGAUCUUGGAUGAGAGCAAAGACGUGGAUUUCUCCAGGUCUGAUUCCAACAAGUGGUGGACAGCUGAACCUUUGAAAACCCUUGACCUUAGUUCCAAUGUUAUAAAAGUUAUAUCGGGCAAUGUCAAGUAUUUGCAACACCUAGUCACCCUCAAGCUACAUGACAAUGCAAUAUCUAGUCUUCCGCCCGAGUUUGGGGAACUUAACAAUUUGAUGACCCUGAGUUUGGCACACAAUAAGUUGACGGCACUCCCCAAAGAGUUUUAUAAGUUAACUGAAUUACGCUGGCUGAGCCUAUCGCACAAUGAGAUUUUGAAAAUAGAAGCGGACUUUGGAGAUUUUGUUAUGCUGACUUUUUUGGACUUAUCGCACAAUAAACUGACAAUCCUACCUCCAGGUAUGGGCUAUUUGGUGAGAUUGGUAGAAAUAAAUCUGUCGCACAAUCAGCUAGAAGAGCUUCCUCCUGAUAUUGUAAACCUCAGAGAUUUGAGAAAAAUGAAUAUCAGCAACAAUAAUCUGAAGAAGCUACCGCCACUUGGAGAACUGAGGAAAAUGGAAAUACUGGACGCUAAUCAUAACGACAUUGAAGAACUACCCGACUUUUAUGGCUGUACAGCCCUUAAAGAAUUGUAUAUGGCUAAUAAUUAUAUUAAGGAGAUAACUGAGGAGUUCUGUGAUCAGAUGCAGCAUUUGAAUGUGUUGAACAUAAGGGACAAUAAACUGGAAGUAUUGCCAGAGAAUAUCUCGCUGCUGCAGAAACUCAAGAGGCUGGACCUUACUAAUAAUAAUCUGAACAAGUUACCACGAAACCUGGGCUUGUUAUCGCAGUUGCAAAGCAUCAACAUGGAGGGCAACAAGCUAUCGUUUGUAAGACAGGACGUGAUCAGAGGAGGGACAGAGAGGAUGAUGAAGUACCUUCGAGACCGCAUCACCGAGGAGGUCGUCAACGAGACCCGACUCACUCCCGAAGAAUGGCCUGAUAAAUAUACACUUAAGAAAAGUCAAGCUUUAAUGGUGCCUGGUCGGGAACUGGAGAAUGUACCGGAUCACGUGUUCAAGGCGGCGGCGGAGGCUGAAGUUCAUAUUGUCGAUUUCUCUAAAAACAAACUUACUGCACUACCCAGUGGCAUAGUACAAGUGAGCGAUACAUUAUCUUCGCUGGUGUUGUCAUCGAACAACUUAUCCAGCAUCCCACCCGAGAUAAACCGAUGCCGACACCUACAAUACUUGGACCUCGGCAAGAACAUGCUCAUGGAGUUACCUCCAGAACUCGGCGACUUGAAGAACUUGCGAGAACUAGUCAUUUCUAAUAAUAAGUUCACGAAGAUACCUCGGUGUGUGUACGAGUUGGAUAACCUUGAGAUACUGUUGGCUGCUGAAAACAAGAUAGACGAGAUCAACGUGUCGUCGGACGCGCUCGCCAGGCUGAAGAAGUUGGCAGUACUGGACCUCACUAACAACAGCAUAUACACGGUUCCACCUGAACUUGGAAACUUCACACAUCUCAGAACUCUGGAGUUGAUGGGGAACUGUUUCCGACAGCCACGGCACGCCAUACUCGCUAAGGGGACCGCCUCCAUCCUCUCUUACUUAAGGGACCGCAUACCCACCAAUUAGUAUUACAUAAUUCUAUGGCCCCACCCUUCGUAACGUACCAAAGAUUGUUUUGCAAGUUCACAUUAGAGAAAAGCACAAAAACAUCACAGUAUUGGGAUAUCAAU